CGGUUUCUGUGAUUAAUCGUGGUAAUUGAUCGCGCAGGAAAGGUACUUCGAUUUCGACCUCUCGUCGCCGGAAUCCAAGUGAUGCCGGUAGAUUCCGUCGUAGAUCUCUUUCAAUUUCGCUAUGGCUAGCUCAACGACGACGCCGGCGACGGCUCAGUCGUCGGAGAGGUUGAAUCGGUUCCAAUUGGAUUUGAGGAUAUUCCGGCAAUCGCUUAAUCGGUUGGUUUCAGAGCAGAGGUCUUCUAAUCUUCUAGAACUUUCUUCUUCGGCACAUUUUGAAAUUGGAACAACGAUCGAGCGCGGCAGGAGACUCUGGCUUUGCUGCGGAUUCGCUCGGAUAUGGGCGCUGCUUUUCCAGAUUCAAGCCUUAAAGGUCCUUUAUCGGAAGAGAUUUCAAGGAAGCUAUAAGAGCAAUUACUAUGAAGGUGUUCUUGCAUUGCGAACAAUAAGAAAUGGAAGCACGUCAGAGGCUCUUAAUGCACAGAGGUACAAAAAUUACAACACAUAUAUCAUAGAAAUUCAUUUGUGAAUAAUUUGUUUCUGUGAAUUCAGAUUUGUUUAUAUGAAUCAUUUGUUUUUAUUUGAAGAAAAUUGCUUUAUUUGGAAAAAAAAAAUUGAUUAUUUUGUAAUCUGUUUGCAAUCUCAAGAAUGUUGAUUAUUAGGAUGGAGUAAAUGUAGAUCUAUUGACAUUUUAUAUAGCUAUUGACAUGCUGUUGACAUUUUGUUUAUGUGAUUACUGUGGAAAUUGCUAAUUAGUUAAAUUGGACCGGUCCAAUUGUUGCUGUCUAUCCAUUCAACUCUGUUUUACUGUGAUCACUUAGCAUCACUUCUCUUUCUAUUAGCUUUAAUGCAACUUCCAGGGCAAAAGCUUCAGAGUCGAGAUAUCUUAUCUUACUUUCAAUAUAUUUUGGAAUCAAUCUAUGAUUUUAAUUGGGUUGUUCCUAUUGUUUUCGAAAUUGUUUGCUUUGUUUGGAUGUUCUAUUUCUUUUCUCUAAUUUUCAUUAAUUGAUGAGUAGCAUCUAAAAUCAGCAAGAAUUCGUGUGAAGCAGAGUAUAGCCCACAAUAGAUAUGAGUUUUGCAUUCCACCUGUUCGACAAAAGUCCCAAUAGAUGUUGUAUUGAGCCUGUACCUCUAAUUCACUCCAAACCUAGUCCCCUGUUUUGCUUUAUUUUGCUGUGGAUAAUAGUUUUUUCCACACCAAACCUAGUUGGAUUUAGAUACUUAGCAUAUACUAAUAAUACUUAGCUAUUGUAAGUGUUAUUUGUUAGUUGUUGACAUUCGAUAUUCUGGUUAUUGAUAUGUGAAUUAUAAGU